ACACAGUCAAACUGAGGUGGUCCACAAUACCAAAAUCAUUCAUUGCGGCUUUAAUAUUAUUCUACAGAAAAACGCUUUCUAUACAGCGGCUACCAUCCUUGCUGACCGUCAUCUUCUCUUGGAAAUGCAAUGUGAACCGAUCUGUCUGUCAGCAACUCAAAGUUAAUUAAUUUGCUAUGUUCUCCCUUCCAAUACGCUCCGUUUCUCCACUUCAUUCUCUAUGCACAAGCACAAACUAAACCACCACAUUCAGUGUCUUAGGUGAAGUCUCCAAAGCAAAGACUAACCGAAACCAAAGUUAGAAUCUUUGGGACAAAAGCUCAUAUGAGUGCCUCUCUUUCUUUUUAGUUUUGGAGAAUUGGAAAUGAGUUUCCUUCAUUUCCUCUUUCUGUGGGUGUUGGUUGCAGUUUCCAGUUCACACCUGGUUCGUGGAAAUGCAGAGCUGAGAGCUCUGAUGGACCUGAAAAAAUCUCUGGACCCAGAGGACAUGGUGCUUGGCUCGUGGACCAGUGAUGGUGAUCCAUGCAGUGGUUCGUUCUUGGGGGUUGCGUGCAACGAGCAUAACAAAGUGGCGAAUAUAUCAUUGCCAGGAAGAGGUCUUUCUGGCCGUGUCUCUCCAGCUGUGGCUGAACUCAGAUGCUUGUCAGGUCUAUACCUACAUUUCAACCACCUCUCUGGGGACAUACCCAGAGAGAUUGCAAAUCUAACAGAAUUGAUGGAUCUUUAUCUCAACGUUAAUAAUCUAUCUGGAACAAUUCCCCCUGAUAUCGGGAACAUGAUUAGCCUCCAAGUGCUGCAGUUAGGCUAUAACCAGUUAGCGGGGAACAUACCCAAGGAACUGGGUUCGUUGAAGCAGCUUAGUGCUAUUUCUUUGCAACAUAACAAAUUAACUGGUCAGAUUCCUCUAACCUUGGGUAGCUUGGAGAACCUAAGGAUGCUAUAUUUGAGCUCUAACAACUUCAAUGGCAUAAUCCCUGCAACACUAGCUGAUAUUGCAAACUUGGAAGUUCUAGAUAUUCAAAACAAUUCUCUUUCAGGGACAGUUCCUUCUGCAUUGCGGAGAUUAGGGGAAGGAUUCAAAGGUGCAAACAACCCAGAUCUCUGCGCAGUUGGGUUUUCUACUUUGAAAACUUGCAACAAUGAUACAAUAUAUAGCGUUGGUCAGAUUAGUUCCCGAAAUAUAUCCAUAAAUAAUAAUCCCUCGAUAACUUUAUCGAAUCCUGCGACUACCCACUUGAACUGUAACCAGAUGCAUUGCUCAAAAUCAGGAAGGUUUCUCCAUCUUGUCAUUGCCGCGAGUGUGACAACUACCAUUAUUACAUUCUUAAGUUCUGGAAUUUUCAUGUUUGUCAGAUACCGCCGCCAUAGGCAGAGGGUUAGGAACACGUCAGAUUGUUCUGAAAGCCAACCUAGUCCUUACCUGGCCAAAGAUUUCUACAGAAGUUCAUCUCCACUUGUUAAUCUUGAGAAUUACUAUAAUGGUUGGGACUCAGUGGCCGAUGGUCAAAAUGCAAGUGGAUUAUCCCUUGAAUAUCUGAACCGUUUUAGAUUUAAUAUAGACGAGAUAGAAUCCGCAACACAACACCUUUCCGAGGCCAAUCUACUGGGUAAGAGCAAACUCUCAGCAGUCUAUAAAGGUGUUCAUAGAGACGGUUCUCUUGUGGCCAUUAGAAGCAUCAGCGCGACUUGCUGCAAAACUGAGGAAGACGAAUUUUUGAAGGGGUUGAUCCUAUUAACCACUCUGAGACAUGAAAAUAUUGUUAAGAUGAAAGGUUUCUGCUACUCAAGGAGCAGAGGUGAAUGGUAUUUUGUCUAUGACUUUGCCACCAGGGGCAAUCUGUCUCAAUAUCUUGACAAGGAAGAUGGAAGUGACAGUGUACUUGAAUGGUCCAAAAGGGUUUCUAUCAUCAGGGGUAUUGCAAAAGGUAUUGGUUAUUUGCACAACAACGAAACAAGCAAGCCUACAAUAGUACACCAAAACGUUUCAGUUGAAAAGGUUAUUCUAGACCAUGAAUUUAACCCCUUGAUCAUGGAUGCUGGCCUCCCUAAGCUUCUUGCAGAGGAUGUAGUUUUCUCAGCUCUUAAAGCAAGUGCUGCCAUGGGAUACCUUGCACCAGAAUAUAUUACUACUGGGCGAUUUACUGAGAAGAGUGACAUAUAUGCUUUUGGGGUCAUUGUCCUUCAAGUUCUAUCUGGAAAGGCAUUGAUAGGGGGUUCAAUCCGGGUUGCAGUUGAAGCUUUUAGAUUUGAAGAUUUUGUUGACAAAAAUCUGAAGGGAAAUUAUUCUAAGUCAGAAGCUGCAAUUCUUUCAAAGCUUGCAAUUAUGUGCACCCAUGAAGUGCCAGAGCAAAGGCCAACCAUGGUGGAGGUGAUUCAAGAGCUGGCCAUGCUUCCUCUCCAUUCUUCUUCAUAAUCUACCACUUUAUGUCUUAUUCCUAACAUAUAUUUUGCCAAAUAAUUGUUUAUUCCGGACAUUCAUUUCUUUUAAGGAUACUCUUUUACUCUGUAAA